CCAGAGUGCGACUCAGUGGUACCUGUGGUUGAAUCAUAUUCCCCGCGAAGUAAAGUUCGAGCCGCUGACACGAGACUAUUGACCUAUAUUUAUGUUAUGUUGUAAACACGAUGUGACUGAGUGGUAGGCCGAGUACUGCAGCGUGCGAAUAAUGAAACUUGAUGCAGACUCUAUAGAUGCAUAGUUGAAGAAGAUAAUUUGGAUAGUUGAUCAAGAAUGAGAGAAUCGGACAGCGAGAGUGAUGGCAAUGAGGAGAGAUUGCUGCCAGCGAAAGACGUCUAUCUUUUGAUGAAGAAAGAUUAUAGAAUAUCAAGAAACAUUAGAGCGUCAUGGUUUUUUCAACACAUCAACUCAGUAUUGGAAUUUUCUCCAAAAUCAUGUUUGGAGGAGACUACCAAGGAGCUGACUGUGGUGGGGGUUACAUUGGAAGAAGAGGCAGUGGUGUCCUUCAGGAGUGACGACUCCCCACCAUCACAGACUGGGAGCACCUGUUUCCGUCUAGUGCCAUCAACUGUUGUCCAUUUCAUUGCCAAGAGAUACAGACUUGUUUUUGUGUUAGACUUCAGUCCUUCAGCACUUUCUGUAGACUUGAAAACUGGAGAGGUGUUUGCAGACAAGAUUUUUGAUAGCUUGAAAAAAUGUUUGUGUGGAUUGGUCGAACCAUUUCCAUUGCCAGGAACGAAAUUGUUGUUUGAAUCGGAGCUGUUUAUUACCGUCAUAGCUCACACUCCUAUGGUGGCUUGUACCACAAACCAGGUGUUAGUGCAGGGCAUGAAGGUGACAGACACUAACGUUAACAGUGUAUUAGAAACUGUCAGGAUGGGCCUUCAGGUGUUUGAACAGAGUUUAUACUACGACAUCAACCAACCAACUCCAGACUUGACAAGUCUGAGUGACAGUUCAGCUAAUGUAGAGAAUUCACAAGGUGACCAGAAACCACGGACAAGGAAUAAGUCGGCGGAAUCAGCUAUAAACCCUGAGGCGGGCAUCAUCAACCUCCUCCGACAGGGCUACUUCGCUUUGCAGUUACUGCCGGAGAAUUCCAGUGCAGGGAUCGUCGUGGUAACUGAUGGAAUGUUGGGGGUGACAGAUUUGAAUUUAUUUGAUUCUCUGUUGGCCCAGCUCAGAAGUAGCACCAUUGCAUGCUCAUUUUUGAGAAUCGGACAAACUCAGUGUGCUCGCUGCUCGUUUGGAUUGGUGCCUCAUAUGGAACUCCUUCAGUUUAUCGCCUCAGCCACUUUUGGGACAUUUAUUGGAGAUCCUCAUGAUGAUAAUGAAGAUUACCACAAGAAACUGCUGAUAUGGAGUUUCCAGAAAUCUUCUCGAGAGCCGUUACAUUUUUUGCCUGGACACAACAGUAUUUGUUCUUAUAUAAAUGUGUACGCACAUCCUUUGAAAGACCGUCCUGACCUGAUUCCCACUGAGCGGAAAAAGCAGAUGGAUGUUAAGUUGAACACCUCUCUAUCUAGUGUGUUGUCUGUACGACUUAGAGAGGGAUUCACUUUAAGGAACAUCAUCUUCUCGAGAGGAGAAACUCAGAUCAAAGUAGAGCUGGCAUUGCUGUGGAAAGACUAUGUCAAGAUUGAGUACUGUGUUACAGCUGCCUGGCCGGUGGAUACAUCAAGACAAAACCAGACCCAUGUUGAGAUGUUUGUGGAGGGCAGCUAUGAUUUCCUGCAUGAUGCCUUCUCUGAUGAAUGUUCUUCGAAGCAGCCAAGAUGGAGCUCUAUCCGCAACAACAGCAUAAAGAAAUUCCUCAUAGCACUAACAAAACUUCGACAAAGUGACCUGUUGCUGACCCAUCUGCAGGGCUUUGCUUCCAUUCCCGUAAACUACAAGUUACCAGACAGUAUAAAGAAUGGCCUGUCUCUAUUUUAUGUACCUCUUCAAUCCAACACACCUACUCUCAACUCUCAACACAACACCAAAGAUGCUGUUUUCAAUCAGUUUGUGACAUUCUGGAAACCUGUUGUUCAUCUAGACACAAAGAUUUGGCAGAAGUGGAUGCAUAGCCACCGGAUAGGGAUGGUGUUGGAACAUGACCGCCCUCUGUCUAAGUAUCUACAUAUCCCAGACUCCUGUGGGAGGUUCUACUUUGUCUUCUGUCGCCAAGCUCAGCUAGCACUGCAAACGCUUCUCCAGAGCUGGAGCACAUUUGUACUGGUGGAAAACACCGCCUAUGUCAAAUAUUUGUAUGAGGGAGAAACUCAAAGUACAAAAGAGCACCCCACCCAUUUCCUUCUGUUGAGGCUGUCCACUUCAAAAUCUCCAUGCUUGACAAUUAAAGCAGCAUUUCUUGGAGGGACCUCUGGCUCAAUGAGAUACAAAGUGCUGAAGGAACUCAAAACAAAAGUGUUUGCCCUGAAGUUCAUGCAAGGAGGUUCCCAGAUAGAAAAAAGCAAGAAGUCCCUCAAACUGGAAGGGGAGAAGCAGGUCAAGAGGAAGCCUCCCCUGGAUAGGGAUUGGUCAGAGACACCAUGCUGUGUCAUGUUGACCAAACCUAUGGAAAAUAUUCUCAUCAGUUAUGAGAGGGUUCCUUGUGACAUGACAAUUCUGGAGGACCCCUCUCGCUACAUCCCCAAUCACAUGACUGUACAACAGAUUGCCAACAAGACAGUGUUGGCAAAUGCCUUCAACACAUUGUCUCGUUACCUGUAUCACCAACGCUGGGUUUGGACAAUCAAACAAGGAAAGGUUGACAUUAGCAUGCAGGCUGUUGGCAGAAUUUUAUCAACACUUACCAAGAUGCGACUGCAGGAGGGAUUCCAUUUUGCCUCCAGUAAUUCUGGAAUUGUAAAUUUAGUGUUGGAAACAGAUAUGAAGCAUGAGUCAAAGAUGGGCAGUUCUGGAUUAGAUGUCAGUCAGUGUGUGGUACAAUAUGUGAUGUUUCCUCCUCAAGUGAAGACCUCGUGCACUAGUGUAUCGGAGGAUGACAUAGAUAUGUAUGAGCUGACAGAAGCAGACGGUGACCUCCAGAUUGUAACAGAAUGCUGGAUAGAGCCUCAGUAUGGAGUGGUUACAAAUAGCUCUCCUGAGCGACAACAUUGGGAGGGACUGACCUACAAACAGAUUGCCAGGGGGUUUUACCCUAAAGAUCUGGAGUGUGUUUCUAGUCUGGUGACCUUUGAGAACUUGCAGUAUGUGUGUCAACACCCUGCUGUGUUCGAGGACCUGCCUUGGCUACCGGAGGGAAGCAUUUGCAGUAAUGCUGCCUCCAGCUCCCCUUAUGAUGAUGAGAUCCAUAAAGGGCCAAUUUUACCCAACAUUCAUCAGAUGCCAUUGGUGUUUGAUGUUCUGUCACUGGUUUCCAAGAGUCAACAAGCGGAGCUACACUUCUCUUCCUUUAUACUUGUGAAAGAGACAGAUGAAACAUUCAGAGACAUUAAAGGCUCCAACAACCUUCUACUUAAUCUGUUAUUUGAGAAGGUAAAGGAGAGGAAAGAACGAGAAAUUCCCUUGAGUGUUGCUGAUUGCAAAAGAUUCUUGCAGCUUUUAUUGGAAAGAGAUCGAAAUAUCCAGAGCAAUCCAUAUCCUUUUGAUGUCAGUACACUUAAACUGUUUACAGACAAUGUACGUAAUCAACGUAACGCUUGUUGUAAGUCAGCCAGAACUAUUGUGGAGAUGGAGGAAACACCACUGUGGAAAUGCUUUGUGUCGUCUGCUAAUUCUACUAGACUUUUCCUGAAAUUCAUACCAUCAUCAUAUGAAGAUUUACUGAAAUUACAUAGUGUUACGGUAGACGCUAAAAGGGAUUCAUCAUCAAUAACAGCAGAACUGGUUAGUGGUGACAGAAAGGUUCCAGAGAAGGAGGAAAAACAGACUUCAGAGGAAAAACAUAAGUACGUGGAAGCUGAAACAGGUGCUGAGGAGGAAACAGAUGCUGAGCAGAAAACAGGUGCUGAGGAAGAAACAGGUGCUGAGGAAGAAACAGGUGCUGAGGAGGAAACAGGAACCAGACGUACAAAGACAGGAAAACAAAAGUCUUUUGUCAUUCCAGUGUAUAUUUAUGAAUGCCAUCUGCAAAGUGUAACAGACUCACUCGUAAACCCAUGGAACUUUGAAAUCAAGGACGAUAUAUUUGAAGAUGUGACAUAUGAAAUUGAUGAUGAGAUUAAAACUCCAACUUUUAAGAAGCACUCAUUUGAUAUGAGUGCAUAUAACAACACAGCAGCAUCUGAGGAUCAAGUUUCAAGUCCCAUAUUUCGACCUCACCAUGAACGCCGUUCAACAGAAAAUAGUGACACAGCUGACGAUUUGGUUCAACAGUGUAGUGAUUUGAAAGAAUGUUACUGCAGUAGUUUCUUGAAUGGAGUGUUUCAGAGUUUGCAGCAGGGAUUUCCCGUGGAUCACCACGACAUUGAAGCUGCUAUAAAUAACAUUUGUGAGGAGACUAACCCCAUUGAGAUAGACACCACAUCAUUUCUUCACACUUCCUGUCGACACUUCCAGCAGCUGGUGGAGGAGGCUAAGGCCGCUGUGACCGUGGUAGAAACAGCGGAACACAAAGAGGAUGGCCUGAAAAGACAGACCUCUGUCAGAUUCGCUGAUGAGGUAGAUGGAGAAUUGCAGACUUCUCAGACCAAUCCAGCAGUGCUUCAGAUUCCCCGUGGAAGAAUCCGAUUGACUCCUCACUCUCUCACAGAUAGUUGUGAAUAUUUCAUUGGUCUCCAUGACAUCAUUAGGAACAAGUUCCUGGACAUAGUGAAUAAAUGGUUCAAAGUGGUGCCAUCUUCCCCAGACUUCUACUUCUACUGCCCAGAUUCUGUACCAAUGGAAAAUAAUGAAGAAAGUGACAAUAGAAAUGUAUCUGAUAACUCCGACAUAGUUAAAGAAGAAGCAAUAACUACAGAAGAAUUGCUGGAUGAUAGCAUUGGAUUCCAAGAACCAGAGCAGGACUCCGAUCAGAAAAACAAUCCAGAUUUGGCCUCUAUUGCAUCCCAACUGGACUCCAAUGAAACUUUGUCUUUGGAUAAUUCAGAGUAUGAUUUCUGUGAGGAACUACUUUUGAAUGAAAAUGAAGAUGACUCUGUUCCUCUGUUUUUACAUUUUACCUGCACUGUGAAAAGUGGAAUUCAGAGCGAGAAUGUCUCCAUCAGAAAACUUGUUCCCUGUAUAGAGGAAUUGUGUGUCACAAAAGAAAUCUCUGCCAUGGAAGUAAACCUGGGCGACCUUAGAAUAUCACUGGAUAUUAAUUGUCUGACUUAUCCAGCCGAGUCAGAUUUCUUCGAGAUGAAGAGAACGCCUUAUUUCCGCAUGUCUUCCAACAGCUCUGUAGGGAGUGAGCAGUCUCCAAGGGUUUCUGAAUGUGAGAACACAGAUGUGGCAAGCUCAAUUCAUCCAGGUCACCAGACUGGAGGAGAUCCUAUAGCAAAUUUACCUGUACAACAGCACAAUGCUGUCACUAAGUGCAAGGAGGAGCUUGAAUGGUUGCUGAAGGAUGAGGUUGCAUCGUCUCUCCAGCACAUGAUUCCGAUCAGGCGCGAUGCUUUGCAAUAUGUCACAGAACACAUAAGGAAUUCAGCAUGCAAAGGAAAACCUACCUGCUCAUUUGAGAGUGUCCCAUUACAUUUUGUGUAUGGCUCGGAUCACAGUUUGGCCAAAUUCAGAGAGGAAUUUGAGAGAUUGCAUCUGCAUGGCUUCCGACUGAUCAAAGAGGAAGACUUUUACUUUGCUGUGAGGUUAAAGAGUCAUUGUCUUGGGCAUCAGCCUGAUGUGAAAGCCCUGAAAAAUGCCUUGGUGGAACUCAGUAAGGAGGGUACACCCGCCACUCAAAGCGCUUCUCUGGACAGUCUCGCCGAUCAAACAGAGGACAGCUUUUUAUCAAAGGAGGCAGGAGUCCUAAGAACCUAUGUUUCACCAAGAUUUUGUUCACCAGAAACUUUUAGGAAUUCGGGUCAUCUUAGACAGUUUUCGUCUGACAUCAGUGGAAGUGAUGAGUACCCAUCACCUGCUAUUCGAUGUGAUCGAGUCAGUUUUGAAAAGCAAAGUUCUUCUGGUGGAUUUACUCUACAGAAGGAAACUACGGACAGUAACUUUCUGUCCAGUGAUCCAAAACUCAGUGAUUCCAGAAGGAACUCGAAAGAAUCCUCUACAAGUCAGACCUUUUGUUUCAGUGCAAGAAAAGACAGCAAUACUGAUGACACAACAUCUGAGAGUGCUUCAGGGCCAUCUAGUAACACGGAGGGACAGCAGUCAAGUGUUGCACCAUUGCAGUCUUCUGUACUUAUAAACCAAAACAGUGGUAGCAAUAGUGAUGAAAUCCUAGACACUGUUCUUAAGAAGUCUUCCAGUUUUGCUGGGUUUCAGAAUGAGCAGACAGCAGAAACAUUCAACAGACAGGAUUCUGCAGCCUCUGUCCUGCCUGUGUUGCCAUUGAAACCUUUUGGAGGGACACCACAUCUUCCAUCUCUAGGCAGACUCAGGCAUUCAUCUGCUCCAUCUGGACAUGGAACUCCUCGAAGCAAGAAUUCCACACUUCCACAGACACCAUCAUGGAUUUCCUCAAGAGGCAGCUAUACAGAAGAGGGUUAUGAUGGAGGGACUAGUGACAGUGAUGAUGGGACUACAGCCUUCAGUGAUGUCAGUGGACUACAACACCCCACCCCAAAAUUCUGGCUGAUCCUGCAGGUCAAAGAGGACAGUGUAGAUAUGUACUAUCACUCAAGGGAGACUGGAUCAGCUGGUGAGAGUGAGGAACUUCUGGAGCAGAGAAAGCUGUUGUCAGGGGUCAAGAGGAAUAUCGAGUCACUCUGUCGCAAAGUCAAUCAGCUCCUGCUUCUGAGUGACCUGUACGAAACUCGCAUGUGUAAAAAUUUGCUGGUGGCGGAAGCGGAUGAGGACGUAUCAUGGAAUGUGGAUACUAUACCAGGGAAGCCCCCGUCUUCUCAUUCUGAAGAUGAGGAUGAGACCUACCCAGGACAGCAGUAUCUUGCAGCAGAAAACAAGUACCUGCCAGGACAUUUCGAGUGUGAGAGUGUGAUGACCUACAGAUUCAUAGUGCAUCCUCGACUUAAAACUGGACCAGGCAGAUCCAAUGUCAGCAGGGGUGUUCAAGCUUUGAGAACUGUGCUGAACAAGUUUUCUGUGAACAACAGGAAGAACAUGUUCGUCAUCAAAGAGCUGGAUGAUUCCCAUUCUGUGUACUACUUACGACUGAAGGAAAUAACAGCAAGCAGUCUUUCUCGACAGAUCUCCAGCAUUAGUACAGAGGAUGUGGGGUUGUGUGAUUCGGCUAGUUCAGUGAUGUUUGCUGCCAAAAGAGAAGAGAUGACCUUCAGCUCAGACAAGGACGUAGAUGCCAUAUCCAUUACAUCAGCUGGAAGUUCUACCCAGAGGGUGCCACAAGACUUCAUCAUCAUAGAUGUGUAUGGUGUACAAGCAGCUGGUACCAAACUGCAACUGAAUUUGAUGGAAAUGCUUCAGAAGAAGCUAGAUGAUGCAGUGCUGGAUAUCAUUUCUCUACAACUCAUUAGGAAUCCCAAUAUAAAACUGAUGCCAGAUGACAUUCAUUUUAUACAGAAGCCAAAUCAAGAUGUGAGUAGAGAAAUACUGCUGACAAUCCCUAAUGCUCUGCCUAUCCCCCUGUCAGCACUGAUGUACUACCUCAAACAGAACAUGUCUCAGUUCUCUCAUGCCCCAAACUACGCCGACAACAAGCCAGAGAACAGGUUCCAGGACAAAUUUGGUAAUGAGUCACAUCCAAUACCUGAUGAUGAGGUGUUUUUGUACAUCAGACCCCAGCCCUCAGGUGGAAAAGGGAUUGCCUGUGUGAAUGUGUCUCUGGUGGACGGUCAGAGGAAUCUGGUGCAUUUGCUGACUUGUCCCAGACCUUCCAGGACAAAUUAUUGUCAAGUGGAAACAUUGGAGGAGUUUGAAUCCAUUACAUACACUGCACCCCUCAGUCCAAGAAGUUAUCACAAGCCAGGGCCCACAGCGCUGGUCCAGUUCCGUAUUUGGGAGAGAGGUUCUGCUGACCUUGACACAUUAGGAGAGAAGCUGAUUGGGGCAAUGAAACACGCCCUAAAUGAUGUCAUAAUGGAGUACUACUUCCUGACUGCGUCCGUCUGCCAGGUUCCUAAUCAGCUUCAGGAAAUCCUCCCCUCCCCAGCUCUCUCUGCCCCAUCAUCACCAGUCAUCACAAGAGAGUCAAUUGAGAAGAGACAUACAGUUCUGUCAAGGAAGAACUCCAUCGAGAUUUCUACCAAGUUGCUUAGCACCAGUAAGACGAGCCCAUCUCCUCUACAGUUUGUUAAGGACACUUUUGGGUCCUCGAAGACUCGACUGAUGUCACCACCUCCAGAUUCCUUUGCAAAGUCAUUUGAAUUUCCAAGUAUUCCUUCUCCUGUUGCCUCACCAACACAAGGUGGUGGUGUUACAGAUAAAGGUUCAGACAUUCAACAAGCCAUUAGGAUGUAUGAAGAAGGAGAGAGGGGGAGUCUGUGUCCUAUCUUCAAAGAUCAGAUGGCCAAGUGGCUGGAGUACUGUCACAGCCAAGGUACUCCAGCAGUAAACAAACUGGAGCAAACUUUCAAAUCUAUACUAAGUUUAGACCAGUUUUUGAUGGAGUUCCAAAGCCUAGUAAAGACGGUGUCAACAGGAAACAUAUCCCCCCGGAUCUUUCAACAGACUACUGACCAUAGUGGCCUCUGGAUACAGUACAACCCUUUUCGGAAACCUUUGCAUACAGAGGAGACAUACAAGGAGAGUUCCCUUGAUUUUAAACAAAGUAAUUCAUCAGAUACUUUGGAUGUAUCUUUUAUUGCAAUUGGUCGAAAUGUUGACCAAUGGCAAGCAAGCAUUCAAGACAUGGGUGAGGAUGAAAUGAUUGACAUUGCAAUGAGACAGAGUCAGAGGGAUAAAGCUUGUCCAAAGCAGUCUUUCCAGAGGUUUGCUCCAUAUUUGCUGGAGAAAACAAGAAGGGAGUCUUUGACAGACCAGGUGUCACCCAAUGCCAUAGAGAUGUCUCCUGUAGGCUCCACGCUGUUCAUACCACGGCAGAGGUUACUGAUUCUUCUCCUCCGGAACAGGAAGCUGACGCUGUACACAUAUAACUGGGCUGGAGACUCGACAAAUCUACUGGUAAAAUCGACAACCCGGCUUGUGCAGUGGCAGAAUGCACGGAUCAGUUUGCUGAAUAGUGUAAUAGUCCAAAAGAUGGGACUAUUCCACCACUGCUCGUUCUAUGAUCCAAGUAGUCAUAAGAAGAAUCCUUUUGCCGGAACCAGUACAAAUCUGGAUGACUUGAUUAAAAGUACUAUUCCACUGAACGACAAAGUACGGCAACGCAACAGCAUGUCUGUAGUGGUGACCUCAUCUUACCGUGCGUUUGAUGUAGUCUACAAGGAUCUCAAACCCCCUAAGCCAUUGCAGUGCACAGAGUUUUGUAAAAUGUCUGACAUUAUAAAGCAACAAUGCUUCCAAACACAGGACCUCAGAUUGCAAGACAGAAGAGAAAUGGAGAAAUUGGAAAAACUGCGUAACUUGUACUUCAUGUGGAUGCAGAAGUCAACUGCCAGCAUGCCCAUUAAGGAGGAUAUACUCCACCUAUUGAAGCAGGCUUCUAGAUUACUACACUACUGUGCCACGCCCCUUUUGUUUGAUCCAGUUUGGAGAAAGAAGGUCAUGAAGAAAUAUGAAGUCACCCUCAGACAACUCUCAGUUUCAUCACCAACAGAAAAAGGGCGGUCAAGGCAUAGUUCUGGUCAGUCUGUGACUAGUCUGAGAGCAAUGAGAACCAAUAGUCAAGAAGGCUUAAAAAAGAAACCUGUUACAACACCAACAGACUCACCAGUCAAUCAACCCAAGCAUCAUCAAAGAGAGGAGGCAUGGCAUAUUGAGCUCAGACACACUUUUCUAAUGCAGUACAUUAAAUAUGUACAAUCAUUAGGCUUCAUCUCCGUCACUUUUCAACCCAAUCUUCACUCAAAAGGAACACAUAAAAAGAUGCCAUCUUAUGAGAAGUUAACCGUGCCUGAGGGAGACAAUCCUCCACCUCACUCACAGACUUCUACUUGCUAUAUGUGCAAGGCCAUGCCAGCAGGGAUCAUGCUGAUUGAGCUGGGCUUUAGGGAGCAGUACUUUUGUGUGGAGAUGUUUGUGUGUGAGAACACUCGUCUGGGAAUUCCUGUUAACAAGCAUCUGAAAUUACUUUUUGUGGAUGAGUGUGAGAGAUGCAAGGACUUGAUACAUGUGCAUUCCUUUGCACAUGACUUCCACUUGCGGUGUAUUCAAUCAUGCAUGCAGCCAGCCCAGAACACACAAUCCAUAUUUCCACCACAAUAUCACUUGACAGGUUUCCUCAGAGAUUUCAUGCAGGUGUAUCCUUAUCCUCCGAAAUUCUCCAGGAACUAUUUAUCAGAAGAUACAGUUUCAAUUUCCAAUCUAUCAACUAAUGGAAGUGAUUUGUACACAUUCAUGGUGCAGAAUAACAAAUUGAAUGACCUUAAAAAGUUUGACAUGAUCCCAAGUGUUGAUCCUGAAAUUGACAAUGAGUUUUGUUUUGUGAAAACUACAGAGUAUGCUCUGGUGUCUCAGAAAACUGUGUCUAUCAGCCUACCUCCAAAAAACAACAAGCCACACCACGAAAACUACUUUGUAGGAUUGGUGAUCACUCAGAGCCCACACAGUGACACAGAGAGACAUACACUGAAACUCAACUACUUUAUACUGCUUACCAGUCAGGCAGAGCUGUUUCCUAGUGAUCCCAUAGAGACCAAAUCCGGGGAAUUUAACGCUAAGGUGCUACAGGAAUUGUCAGAUCACUCCAAAAUGGUUCCUGUGAAACAGCACAUCAGUGUUAGGAAGGCGGCCCAGAAAUUCCAAAAGAUGAGUAAAAUUCACAAUCUCCCGCUGUACAAUCUGCUAGAAAAGGAAAGAGACUAUGCAAGACAGAAAAUUGAUGAUAUGAUUGAGAGGUCAGAGGUCAAGUGUAGAAAGGACUCCUUAUGGCAAAGGAUGUUGAUUGGUGGGAAAUUGGAAGAAAAAGAUAAUCUUCAGAAAUUGGAGUUUGAGGAAUUUCUAGAACUUCUGGGUAUGUCAGUGCAAAUGUCCUUGGAUUCAGUGGAUUUCCAGCUCAUUCCAUUCUUGAACAUGAACUUCACAUGGUAUAGUGGACUGUUCAGAAAACUUCAGACUAAAUAUCCCGAUACUCAUAGGUGUUUUUCCUCCGAGGAUGGUCAAGUGCAAUAUAUUGUUAUUCUUAAUCCCAAUUACCUGGAUAUGUUUUCCAUGUUGAUGACAAAUGCUAAAGAAUAUAAAACAUUUUUAGGUGCUGUGUACAGAGACUCGCUGGCUGACCAGGUGGAUACUCUGGAGUGCCCCAAUCUUCCGGUCAGGAGUGUUCAGCACCACAUGGAGGACUUUGUCAAUGUCUGUAGCUACCAUCUUUGGUCAUCAAUGCUCUGAUAAAUGAACCAAAGAGUCCCUUUGUUUGACACCAUAUUCUCAGGUUCAUUCAUGAAAAUGGCUUUAGAUAAACUGAAAAUGAAGAGCUGAAAGAUUUCCAAUGCUUUUUUUUUUUUUGUAUAUUAAUGUGAUCAGGAUUAAACAUGAAGUUUAUCGUUGUUCAUUGUCAAGAUAUAUGUACAUACCUGUGAUGUGAAGUUUUACAACCCCUAACCCAAUCCACCCCAGUUUGUCAGUGUUAUAAGAGACAAAAGCUCCUAUAUCAUAUCAGGAAUGUUGCUAAAUGAUUGUUGACCUUGUAUUAGGAUUCAGCAUAUCAAUCUCUGUUGUGUAAAACAAAUUGCCUUUUGUUAUCUUAUGUUACAGGCAAUAUAACAUGUGUGUGCCUUUUGUUAUCUUAUGUUACAUGCAAUAUAACAUGUUUGUUUGUGAGGUUCUCAGUGUUGGUGCUUUAGGAGAUUUGUUGCAUUUGUAAAUCUUAAUUUGCAUUUCUCAAGUAGAUAAGGUAUUAUUUGGCCACUCUUUAAUACAUAUAUCCUUGUUUCCUCUUUAAGCAAAAGAAAUUGUAAAUGUUUGAAAUUUAAAUGCAUUGGGAGCACAUCACCAUCAGCACCCCUAUUGCAAUAGUGAGAUGCCUUUCUGUGAAAUUUUAUACCACUGCCAUAAAAGGAAGGCGCAUAAAGUUUUACCCUUAACUCUCUGUCCGAGUUUGUUUCUGACCUCCAACUUGAAAAUGUUUUGCAAUUGGAUGUUCAUAUUUGCAUUAUGGGUGACUUUACCUGGGAGUGCUUUUGGGGUCAGGUUUUCAUCAGGCAUGACUAGCUGCUUUUAAUGAAAAUAGAAAUUUUGUUUCUGAUCUCUGUAUUGAUGGCACUUUGCAGUUAGAAAUUCACUUUUUAUUAAGAAAAGCUUAUGCCAAACAUGAUCAUGCGUAAUUUUAUUUGAUAAUUAAUUAAAUCCAAUAAUUUUAUAACUUGUGUGAACAAAACUGAGGGUAUCAACUUUAAAUGGCCUCUAAAUGGGGAGCUUUUUUUCAAUUUGUAAACCUUAAAACAGUAAAUUUCAUAAAGAGAAAAUCAUUUGUAUCCUAGGUUCCUGGAAAAAUACUUGUAUUUGAGAUUUUUCACUUUGAGCUUUGAAUAUUUGGGGACUUCCAUCCACCCUCAGCUGUAUGUAAUUAUCGUGCUAUAAUAGAAAAUCAAAACACAACUAAAAAAGCAACUUGAUACCUUGAGGCUACUUCUUGCACAAAUCCAGGAAGUCCUUACACAUGUGUUAGAACAUUAGAGAAUAUGCAGGUGCUAUAUUACUCCUACAGACAAGAGCCUCAGUUAACAGUCUGACCUAGUUUUACAUCAAUUUAUGUUCUAUAAUAUGCUAAGCAAAAAGACAAGGCUACAAGUUUUCAUUUAUGAAAAUGUGAAUAAAUAUAAAUCACUUGCCCCGUGCAAGAAUUCACCUAGCAACUACCAACAAAGCAUUGAGCUGUGAAGGCAGCCAUCUGAAUUUUACAUAUAAGCAGGGUAUGUCAUUUAUUUAUGAAUCUGAGAAUGUAGUUAUUUUUUGAAGGUGGAGUUUGUAAUGAAUCUUCAUAGCAGAAAAUAUGUGUAGACUGCACGUGAAAUGUUUACUUAACUGUCCUUUAAAGAUUGACAUUGAAGUUUCUUCAACACGGAAUACUGGACAUAUUGUUUACUUUUUGACAUCAUACAAAACAAGUCUUCAAAUAGCAGAAAAUAUAACUUGAAGUUUUUGAUUUUAUCAAAGUUUUAAACAUUGUUAUUUACCAUCGUAUGUUAUUUACCAUUGCAUGCAACAUUGUCACCAAUUAAAGAGAUAGUAAAGUUCAUUUUUGGGAUUUUUUUUCUCUCACCACAAAUCAUCUUAUUCCUUGCUGAUAUUAUUUUUUUUUUUAAAAGAUAAAUGAAUGAUAUCAACUUUGAAAUAAUUGCUUGUUUGUCAUAAAGUUGCAUGAGGAGCCAACUUAUUUUUUGUCUAGGAAGCAAAAAUCCAGGGGACAUAAUUUGAAGAUUAUACUUGUUUUAAACUUGGAAAUGAAUGCAUAAAAUUGCUAUCAUUUACAGGAAAUGACUUGUGUGAGUCAUUUGGAUUAAUUUCAAUCCUUUAAAUUUUUAAAAAUCUAAAUGACCUUUACUAUCUCCUUAAAUCCAACAAUGUAAAAUGCAACCAAGUGACUGGGUCAAUGUGAUGUGAUGUCAUUUGGUCAAAGGUGACACAUUUUAUGCUUUGAGAGGCAAAUCAAGUGUAUUUGAAAUGGAGCUAAAUAUUUCGAAUUUGAUACCUAUGUUUUACACUAUUAUUGAAAAUAAUAUAAAUUGUAUUGAAUUUUUUAUCACAGUGUUUUGCAUACAAGUAUGUCUUGUUGGACACCCAAGAAAACACAAUCUGUCUAACAGAAGUAUUUGAUUGUGCACAUUUUCUAUUUUAUAGAAGACCUAUAACGUAACACUGCUGUGAUGUAAAAAAAAAAAUUUAAAAAUUGUGAUAAAAUAAAAAGCAGUGCCAUCUUAGGAUGUCGAGGGGAAGUGUCCCUAUAUGAAGGCAGGUUGUACAUUGCAAACUUUUUUUUUUCAGGGUGUUCAGCCAAUCAAACUGCAUGUUACAAACGAUAUUAAAUUAUGAUACAAAUA